CAGCCAGAUCGUCUCAUCUCAUGUGCUGUGCUGCUGUGAAUACUACCACUCUGUCUCCGCUCAUGUUCAGCCCUACUGGUGAGGUUCCAGUGUCUUCGUGCUGCUGAAGUUUAUCUGCCUUUGAGAUCCAGCUGCUGGCUUUGUCGUUCCUGGUGGUUCCUCGGCCAACUUCGUCAACUCUGCUUUGUGCUGCAAAAAUGAGGCUUUCAUUUAUCCUCUUUAUUACCAUCUCAGCUGGAUUUGAUGGGACUCUGGCCAUAAGAAGCCUGGUCUUCCCCAGUGAAACCAGCACCAGCUAUGUGGAGAUGAUCCCUCACAAACCGCUCAGCCUGAAGGCGUUCACGCUGUGCAUGCGUGUGGCCACGGAGCUCAGCGGUGAGAGGGAAAUCAUCCUGUUUGCAUAUCGAACCCAAGAUGUUGACGAGCUGAAUGUGUGGAGAGAGCUGGAUGGAAGGCUGUCCUUCUAUUUGAGUGGAGGUGGAGUUUUCUUCCAAGUCACUGACCUUGGUCCCCUGCAGACUCACCUGUGCUUUACCUGGGAUUCCAGCUCAGGUGCUACGGCCCUCUUCGUGAACGGCAGAAAAAGUCUGACCAAAAUCUACAGGCAGGGUCACACCAUCCGCACCGGAGGUCGAGUUAUCCUGGGCCAGGAUCCGGAUAAUUAUCUGGGUAGCUUUGAUGCAAAGCAGAGUUUUGUUGGCGAGAUUGCUGAUGUGAACUUGUGGGACUAUGUCCUGUCAGACACUGCAGUCCAAGACAUGAUGACUGCGAAAAUGACAGGAGGAAAUGUGUUGGAUUGGGAAACAGUAGAGCUUAAACCAAACGGAGCAGUGGUGGAGAUUAAUGUUAAUCUGUAGCUUAAAUAUUUCUGUGUGGUACUUGUUUUUUAUUUGGACAAACUCCUUUUUCUGCAAGAUAUCUUUCCUUUACUUUUUUCCUAUGAAUGAGUUCAACAGUCAUAAAUGCACGAAAUAUCAAAGUUGCAGCAUUUCCAGGUGUUUUAAGGAGGUCAUGGAGGCCACACAGAUACUGAGCCUCAUUUUGACUUGUUUUAAGGACAUUAAAUCAUAGUUUGCUCUGCCUGUAGUGGUUUUUCCACUUUCCAAUUUUAGGUGUGGCUCCAAAUCCAGACGUGGGUUAAUAAAUUUGAUUACCAUUCA